CAUGAAAGAGAACGGUCACGAGUUAUGGAGCGUAUGUCUAGCACACUUUGUUUAGGAAGGAGUAUGAGAUGAUGGGUCUGCUUUUUGAUGGCUAACAUGUAAAAACAAUCAAAGCAGUAUAUUUACAACUACAUGUAAUUCCAAAUUCAUUUCAUAAUACUUCAUUUGGCACUGCAUCGGGGAAGAAUGUUUGUAAUGGAGGGUCAUAAAGGCAAACGGCGCAAAAACUUCAAACCGACACAGUCCAUAGGUCAGGAAUUUAAUCAUAUUGGUAGAACAUGUUAAUCAACCGGCUGGUUAACACUUGUGUCUUACCAACACCGCCUGUUUAAUAGAUGACCAGAUAAUUGUGAUAGAAUUAAUGCUUGUAAACCCUGCGAUAGACGACAUGGUGAAUUACCUAAUUAUUUUCACAAUAUCGAAUGUAUAAAGUUCCAUAGGUAUUUGACGCAAAACGAUUUACGGUGUACAUACAAAACUGACAGUUGACCUUACUAUAAGUACAACAUAUCAAUCAGACCAUAACUAUACAUGUGAAAUAGUUUGAUAUGUGUAAGCAUGGUCCUCGUUUUAAAUCAUUGUAAUGAUUUCAAUAUGGGUCGAAGUAAAGACUGCAAGACAACGUCCGAAUUUUGCCGAUACUGACAGACUUUUGACUUAUGUAGAAAACGUCACUAAGUUUUGAAAUACGCUUUCAUAACGACAUAAUUAUUAGAUAAAUGAUAAAACCCACAAUCUUGAGGGUUCACUUAAACCCGUGAUAAGUGUAAGAAAGCAAACUGAGAUUAGUCAUAUUCCUCUAUAUAUUAUCUAUCCAGAAAUACAAGUAUAGCAAAGAUGUCAUGAGUAUUCUUUCAUAUAUAUUGCAUACUUUUCAAUCCGAUAGUAAAAAAAUACAAAACAGAACAAAUAAGAUUAUAACACCAUUCCUUAAAGUCAACGUCGUAAUACACUUCGUACCCGCGUCAUUUAAAGUCUUGCAGUUAAAUUUACAACCUUCCAAGAUGCCAUUAAAUAAGGAUUUUAUUAUUGAAUCCCUUUCAUUGAUUGAGCUCGGGAAGUAAACCACUUUACUCCCUAUGGGUAAUAAAUCAAUGGUCGACCUGGAGGAUAGUUUGGUUGUGCCAGAGCCUUGUGCUAGAACCUUGUUGUGUAUUGUAUUGAUCCGUCCGAUCUCCGCAUAAUAUAUUUUUGAAGCAGACAAGAUGGCCGCUUAUUCCAGUGGUUAUUUUCAGAUGCUUUGCUGCAUUUUCUUCAUAACAUGACGUUGUCAGUGGGUUAACUCUUCUACGCAUGGAUAGUGUGUAUAAACUGUUGAACCAUAUUUCAAGAAAGAUGUAGAAUGUUGUGUUUACUGUCCGAGCGUGGAUCCCCUUGCAGGACGACAUACCUUGAUACCUAGUAACUGGUAUCGGCCUCCAGGGUCAGGAGAGGCCAGACAUUCAUAAGCUACAACCAAUUGAAAAGUGCCAUAAUGGAGCGUUAUUACAUUUGUAUCAGACCUUUCACGUAGGGCAGGGAUCACUGAAAGUUAUCAUGGUGUUUGCAAGGAAAACCAACCCCGAGGACGCCAUCAACAUCUAUCGUGUUCACAUUCCGCACAUACAACCUGCACAGCUUCACUUAUCACAAGAUGUCACAACACAAAGUCAAUUCGCAAUGUCUUCCACUCAGCUCAUUUUGCCCAAACUGAGCCUCAUAAGUAAAUCAUCCUCAUUCUGUGACUCGGUUAACAACAAACAUGGAUAUAGGAGCAGUACAUCGGAUGAAGCAGAAACACCGGAGUCCGAUGAUGAUUUGAUGCUCGACGAAAAGAUGGAUUCAGGGAGUUCUUUAAGCCUGUCAGACUCCCUGAAUAAUGCCCUCGAAAUGCUGAACAGUUCUAGGCUUGAAGACGCUGAGAAACACCUUCUAAAACUGUAUCAACAGAUGCAAGAGAAACCAGAAGACAACACAAAAAUCUUGGUACAGGUCUUGAAUGGACUUGCUGAUGUCUGCAUUCGGCGAGGUAGAAUGUGCAGGUCCAACCCGAUGGAAUGGCAAUGGCUGUGCAUGCAUGCAAUAUCCCUGCUUCAGUACAACUGUGAGGUUUGCGAUUCCGAACUCGAGGAAAAUCUUGACAAUCAGGACACGGAAUGGUACACUGAACAAAAACUAGCAGCAGAAAUAAAAUGUCGUCCAUUAGAAGACAGCUUCAACAGAGCACUAUACAACUGUCUCAAGCACGAGGGGAGAAAAUUCAUGGACCCCUUCAGGUCGUUUUCGUUCCCGAACACUCCAAGUACACCAUCUCUUGGCAUGUUUCCACUCUCAUCAGGGAAUUGUUUUAAUCUAUAUCCUAGCAUGCACGAUAGACUGACAGGAAAAACCGACAAUCAAGCAAGCGUGGAUGAUAUCAAUGUUGGUCUGGAUUGGCUUACAAAGUUUCUGGAAUACUGUCAUGACAGAAUUCAAUCCAAAAACUUGGGGGAUAUUUUCAACAGACUAUUCAAACGUAAAGCUUCCUCGUCACUUAAAGAAAAUAAUGAUGACACUGCAAGCAUUAUGUCUGAAAGUUCGUGCAGUUCCCUGGAUUGGGACCACGGUGAUUUACAGGGAAUCGCUGAAAUUGAUCCAAAUUCUAAAGACUCGCCAGUGCCAGUGGUAGAUAAUGCAUUUGGAUUUGAACUAGCAUCGAGUGACGUUGAGGAAGACGGUUGGGAUUUUUUUCUCAAUGACAGGAAACACUGCAAGUUUCAGAGCGUCGUUCAAGUGUCUGGAAAUGGUAAAGGGAGAAAAGAGAGUAUUCAGAAUCAGAAUCUGCUGGACGUGCGUGCUUCUGACAAUAAGUACAAGGACAAGGAAAUCAUAUCUCCUCUCCAUGAACACAGCAUAAAGCUAACAUUAGCCAAAUCCUACACAAGGUUGGCAGACAAGCUUAUGUCAGAGGAGGAGUACAGGAAGGUUGAGGUCUUGCUGGAGCAGGUUAUUGGAAUAUUAGACGAGAUCAUGGAUGGAACAGCCGGUAUGUUACGUUUUAGUGCGAAAGUUAUGAAAAACUUAGGAACUGUAAAAUCAAAACAAGGAAAGUCCUCCGCUGGUUUAGCCCUCCUAAAUCAGGCGCUAGAAACCUAUCGCGAUCUGCAAGAUGAAGAAUCCAAUUUUGAAAUAGCAACCGCUCUUCUGGAACUUGGAAACGGCUAUGUGGUGGGUAAAAACAAUGACGAUGGUGUUUUCGAUGAUGCAAUAUCUGCCAUUCGGGAGUUCUUCGAGAAAGAUUUUUCCGACAGUGAAAGCACAAAUUCUAGUCCAAAUAAGUCCGAGCCUUCGUCUCCACAAAAGACAGCAGAAGAGGAAAAGAACAUUGAAGAGGCUGCCCAUUGCUAUAAGGAAGCUCUUUCCCUACUUCAUGGUCGGCAUAGUGAAGAAAAAGAUAGGAUUGUCGUAGCUAAAGCUACCAUGAGGUUGGGAGAUUGCUAUUUCAUGCAGAAAGACUAUGGCAGGGCACUCGAAUGCUUUGAAAAGUCACUAAUCUUGUUUCGUGAUACCACAACACACGGCAGAGAAUUUGUUUUGGAAAAUGCCCAUGUGAUGUGUAUGCUUGGUGUUUCAAGCUUCAUGCUGCAUAUCUACCCCAGGGCGGCUACAGUUUUUGAACUGGCCCUCCAUUUAGUCAGGUACGCAUCUGGUCUGAACAGCUCUUACAUGCACGGGCUGAUCAUAUCAUUUAUGGGCAUCACAUUUUACAAGAUGAAAAAUUACCAUAGGUGUGUAUCCAUGUGUUAUCAAGCAUUUGAACUGUUCUGCAAUAUGCAUGGCAGCAAACUGCCUCAUCUACCAAAGCAAAAGUUUUGGAUGGUUUGUCAAGUACUGUACGUCAUGGGCAACUCCUACAACAUCAUCUGCCUUCACCAGAAAGCCAUCAAAUACCUUACGGUGGCACGGACAGUGAUGAUGGCUUCAAAAUCGAGGGACCGUAGGCAAUUCAUGAGAGUUCUGCAAAUUCUUGGAGAUUGUCAUUUUGCACAGUAUGACUACAAGACGGCACUAACCUUCUACAACGAAGCUUUAGAAUAUGGAGAAUGUGAGAGUCAGAUUUCCUUUGAUGAAGUGUUCGACCCAAACACGAUGUCGGACGAUAUGACUAUGCAUAACGAGCUUAUCAGUAAGUCUGCCGAGGCACACAUCAGCAUGCAGCAAUACCAAAAUGCUGUUCACUACUUGGAGCAAGCCCACGAUAUGCAGGAGGUUAUGGGAGAGGAUAUCAAAGGGGAUCUCAUCAGCACUCUCUACCAGCUUGGUCACAUUCAUUCUAUGGCUGGAGAUGUGGACAAAGCCAUAGAAUCGUUUGCAGAGAGCUUAGAGGUGUACAGAGAAAUACACAAGGGUGAGCUUGGGCCAGAUAUGUCAGUGACCCUAGGUAACCUUGCUACUAUGUGUUAUGUAAAAGCGUGUGUAUGCGAGGACAAUGAGGGUGAGCUAGAAAUGAUACUUGCUGCAGAACAACAUUUUCAAGAUGCACUAAAACUUGAUCAGAACCCAAGUGUUAGUGUGAAGUACGGAAAUUUCUUGUACAGCCAAGGGAAUUAUGACGAUGCUGUUAUGUACUUGGAAGAUGCUCUCAAGAUUGAGGACAUUGAUAUCGCAUCUGACCUUGUAUACGGCGGCCUUGACAAGGUAACACUACCAGAUUGUCUGCAGGAUGAGGUUGACACACAAGAAGAAGUUGUCUUACCUCCCUCGGCUCUUGCAAGGUACAUUCUGAUUCUCUCACACAAAUAUCUCAACCAAAUGGAUCUGGCAGAAAAGCAUCUCUUCCAUCUCUUAUAUGAAGCUUUGGAAACUGACAUUCCCAUAUUGUACUCAGUUCUGGGAUAUUCCAUGAUGGAAAUGGGCCUGUUCGAGGAAGCUAUUUGGAGUUUCGGUUUGGCAAUAUCUCUUGAGAAUGAAUACUCCCUAGCCAUAGACAACUACUGUACAUGUUUAUUGAUCUGGACAAUGCGCACACUACAGCGGGCAAUUGAGAACAUUUGUCUGUACCACGGAUUGACUUGCUAUGUGUAUCUAUACUGGUGAUGCGGCCUCAGUAUUGAUCUACACAGAUAUACAAAGCCUUAUUACAAUGUAGCUUAUGCUCAUCCUAACACAAAAUCUAAAUUAUUGUCAUUCUCAGAUAAAAUAUUGCCAGCUUAGUAUCUUUUUACCACAUUAGUACCGAAUGUUUCUAUGAGUUCCGAGUUGUGAAAGCAAUAACCAUUAUUCUGGCGCCACCAUUCAAAGGUAAUAUGGGUUAUCAAACAGCAAAAAACUGAAAUGGCAAUUUCAUUGCACAAAAUCCUUAUUAAAAUAAAAUAUAAUGUCUUUACCAAUUCCUUAAGCAUUUGUAUUAUUGCGAUAACCUUUUAUCCUACGAAGAUAUUAUUUUAGAUUUCUUUUGUUUUAAAAUUUUGCAGGAAGAUAUUUGUGUUCAAAUAGAUAACUACUAAAAGCAAUAAUGAAUGUGUUACUUACACCUCUAAUAUUCUACUUUAGACAAUUACAUAACACAAUCAUAAUACCAUCUCUACACCUUAUUCACUGAAACAGCAAUUUGAAUUCCACAAGCAACACACAGGUAUUAAUGUGUAUUGAUCCAAACAUUUGAGCAAUUGCAGUCACAAACUUUCUUGUUAAAACAUUCUGUCUGUAGUUAUCAACAGUGUAUUCAACAAAUAUCCUUUGAUUUGAAAGAAAAGAUAUCCCAUUUUUACUUUUGCUUCAUAAUCAGCUUAUUCAUCAUAUCCAGGCAAAAAGGUCCUCUCUCAAACAUAUCAAUUCCCAACUUCACACAUCCACUUCUAGGAAACCAUCAGCACUUGAGGCGAAACUAGAUAUAUACACUGUGAUGCCACAUCUAUUUGCAUGGUCAAGUGCAGCUUAGGUAAAGAGCAACAAACGUUUAAGUGCGUACAUGUGUAUGGUAAAAUCAAAACCAUAAAAACUAUUUAUCAAAGUAUACUAGCAUAUCAAAUUAUGAAAGCUUUUGCGGUAAAUCAUUUCCAUGAUUUUCUUUCAAAUGGCGAUUAAUUCCUUUUACAUCAGUUGGGUAAAUCCGAACAAUCACAUGCACAAAAGGGAUCAUCUUCACGAGGUUCGUAGUAAGUAUACUGUAAUCUGUAGUGUUUUGUGUUUAACUACAUUCUAUCUCAUAAUCCAAAAAUAACAUGAACAAAACAGUUCUGCAUGUACAUACAUGUAUAUAUAAAAUGUUUUUUUUUAGUACAUUUAGUAUUAUCUCACCAAUUGGAGAUACAAGAUUCCAGAAAAACUCAUUAACAAGAAGGAAGGCUAAAGCCAAAAGAAUACAGAAGUGAAUAAGUCAUUAGCUGAUAGUGAAUUUGGUAUGCAUAACUUGGUUGAUUUAGCUUUGGUAUAGUGUGCAUAAUAAUAUUCAAAUACCAGAUUGUUUAUUAUCAGUACUUUCGCAUUCUAUCAGUAGGUUUUGCCACACUUACUGCUAAGAAAUAUAUAGAUGCAUUAUUACAUUAGGUACUUGAUAAAGUCAUUUAAAUACAUACCAAUAUUCUUAUCUGUCCAUUAAAUAUUCCUAUCUCUGGAUCUAUCUAACGGAGAUUACAACACAUAUUAACUGUUCCAACAUCACUCAUCUUAAAUUGUGCCAAUUCUACUAAACUAUCCACCUGUGAAGAAUGUCUGAUUAAAAGAUGUUCUAUUUUGUGUAUAAGUAGGUUUGAAUGUGUGUCCCAACACAUGGUUUAGUUGUGUAGAACUAGGACAUUUUUACCUAGAUAAAUUAAAAGUGAAUUGUAUUUUCCUCCUUAAAUGUAUUAACUUUAUAUAUCCACUGCAGCAACAGGUUGCAUUAAAACAGCAGAGUUUGUGACAAUGACAACAUCAAACAUAUCACACAGUUUACAAGAAAGUCAUGUGACUUUUAUCAUUUAAGGGGUUAUCAACAGUAUAUCAAUGUACAUUAUAUGUCGCCAUUCAAAAAGUGGUAUUAAACAUGAUGAUCAUUAUUGCCUACAAGAUUUAUUGAUAGAUCAAUGAGCACUCACAACUGUGUGUAUAAUUCAUCAUUUUGUAUAAAUACUGCUCUACACUUAUGAAAUGCCAGUAUUAUUUUGUUGAUAUUGUUUUUUAAAAUUGAUAUUUUUUACAUUAUCACAUAAUUACCAUGUAUUUAGUAAAUACACCCAUGUCAUAUAUUUUGCGUAUUAAUACCAUUAAUAUAUAACUGAUUGUAAAUCUCAUCUGUAGUGGAAACUCGUGUGGGGUCCUCUAUUAGUUAUUAGAUUCAUGUCCAUCAAUUUUGUAAAUAUACUGCCGGUAGAUUAUUAGAUUAUGUAAAUUAUCAUACUCGUUUUCCAAUUCCUCAAAAUCAAAUUAAGAAAAUACUUCAAUUGAUAUUCAACAUAGUUUUUCAGCUAGAUGUGAAAGUUUGUCCAUCAUCAUGAAAAAAGAUAUUAAAACUCUUGAUGCACGUCCUGAAGUUAAACUAGUUUACGGUAGAACAUUGGAAUAUUGUCACUAUUUGUCCACCUACAUGUUAUCACUAUAGAGUUUCAGUUACAGCAUCAUAUAAAGGGGGAUGUCAGAUUGAAGAACAAAUCCCAUAUACAUGUCUGUGGGCCUCGUGCUGUAAGUUAGAUAAUUCUGUCACUUUUACUCAGGUUAUACUUGUUUCGUUUUUGCACAUGACUAAAUAAAACUGUAUGAUAUUGUAGUAUUUUAUCUCCACACUCUGCCAUAGUUUCCUUCUCAGCAUGUACAUAUUAUGUGAUAUUUCUAAAGUUAUAAUCUAUUUUUUUUUUUAUAUAUGAUUAAUGAUGAUGGGGCAUCUGAAUAUUUGAAUAUUUGGAUAACUUUUUACUGUGUUGGAAAUAAUAUUGUUUGAUCAUAACAAAUCAAUUUGGGAGUAACUUGACUGAUGUUUCAAUUAUUUUUUUUUAUUCCAAUAUCCCUGGCUUUUAACACAUAUUUGAUUGUUGUUUGCUAAUUGAACAAUACAAAAUGCUGGACAAGCUUAGCUGUCAAAUAUCAAAAACUGUCAACAAGCCUUGUACAUUUCGUAGCACAAAUUAUCCUAAAUGAAGAGGAUGAUUUGACUUCAUUGUUCCAAAAAAUAUAUUUAAAGUCAAGCUUAGUUAAUCUAGUCUAAUAAAUAUCCCAAUCCUCCAGAGAAAGAACACAAACUGGAUAAUACCAUAACUGAUUAAGCAGUGGCCUAGACUAAGGAAGCUCAAUUUUGGGGGGUUAUUUUAUGAGAAAAACAUCACGGACUACCUAACAAGUUCAUCAAAUGUUCUUAUUUAAUAAACUGAAAAGAUUUUUUUACAAAUUGUUAAGCUUACCUGAUCUGAUGAAUUGGGGUCCCUGACUGACUUCAUGAGAUGAAUUGUGUAAAGAAUGCAGCUGUACAUUCCUCGCUAUCUGUGAUUUGAUUAUCCAUGUGAUAUUGAUGUAUAUAAUAUUAAAGUGAUAUGCUUUUAAAACAUGUAUAAUUCAUUAAGUAAGAUAAUUGCCAUUUCACAUUUCUACACAUACAAUGUGUUGCUUUCUACUGUUGAAAAUUUACAUUUCCUUUUGGCAUUUUUUGUACAGUCAUUUGAUAAACCUACAAACUAACAAUGUUGUUAUAAUCCAAUAAAAGCAAGAACCAUUACACGUGAACAUUUUCCAAUUUUCCAACCUGAAACUGUUCAGGUCUCUCCGUCAAACUGUUUGAGUAUUCGGUAGCCAAUCAAAUCAUGACGUCCAAUUCAAAUUAUGACAGAAAUUCUUGAAUGGUGUCUUAAUUGACAUUCACCACCUGGCGGAACUGGUAACCAUAGAAAAACAAUCUUGUUCUUGCAAAAAUGACUGUUCCACCAUUUGGUUAAACAGUUUGUUAAAAAUGUAUUUUGAACCGAAUGAAACCACAAAGAGCGAUAAAACGAUAUUGUCUUUGAUGUCUUGAAUGUAAAUAUAAGGAUUGAAAAGUACAUUUUUAACAUUUACGAUAGUAUGACAUAGCUCCAUUCAAGCAUAUAAGAUGCGCUACAGUGUAUUAUCAUGGAAUAUGUUUAAGCAGAACUGUGUUGCAUAACAUCAUAAAUGUUAAAAAAGGUGCAUUUUGAAACCUUAAAAAUAGGCAUCACACAAAUUGUUUUUUUCUAUUUAACACUAAUUGCUUUAUUCUAUUUAACUUACACGUAUUUGUUAAUCAGUAACAAAUAUAUUUUAGAAGAGUUAAUUUUAUGCCAAAAAUUAUUCACAAUAAUGAUUUUGAAUUCCCAUUAUUUCUCGCUUUAUUUUAUUUUUUUUAUAGCAAAGAGCAUUCAAAACACUGCAUGUGAGGGUAAAUAUAAGAAACACUGAAUAAAAAAAUAGCAUAACAGUGAAAAAUAUUCAAAUUUAUUACCAUUCGUUUUUAAAAAAUAAUUAAUAAUCAGAGUUCAAAUUUUCAAUCUAAAUAUAUACAUGAAUACAAAACACAGUAAAAAGUUUGAAAGGUGUCAGAAUUGUAAAUAACUCUAUUUCCUACAUAAGUUUUGUAAAAGAAAUUAAGCAUGCAAUGUGUGUGGUUCAGAGAAUUAAAUGCCAAUAAGAGUACAGUGUGGUAUAUGCUGAUGAAACAAUACUUUAAGAUGAAACAAUUGUUUGUAAGAGGAGUCACUGAAAUAAAGAGUAAUCCUAUAAAA